AUGGAUUUUAAUAAUAAUGCGAACUCAAAUAUUCCAAGUCUAAAAAGUAAUUGAUAAGGAUUCUAUAAAUACUAGAGUUCGAAUGCUCAUAUUAAAGAUACGGAAAUCCAUCAGAUGAAUUGUAAGUUAAGAGUGAAUCUGAUUCAUUUGAGUUAAAAUAGACAAAUAUCCAAUAUCCUAUUUAUCCUUACAUGUUUUAUCCUUCUACCCCAAUAUUUCCAAUUAUAGGUGUUUCUUGAAUCUUAAUUUAGGUGAAAUAAAGAAUGAAUAUGUUGAUUAAACUAAUUAUUUGAUGAUGCAUGGAGUAUAAAAUGGUUUAGCAAAUAGAAUAUAGUAAGAAAAUAGAAUACAUAAUGAAUUCUUAACUAACUAAACAACAUAUGGUUGCAAAAAGGUUUGUUAAAUUGAUUGCAUGCUAAUUGAGAGAUAUUUUAAAUAAAAAUAUUGGGUAAUAAUUAUGUUGUAAUAGAGAUAUUUAAAAAUGCAAACUAAAAGUAUAAAAUUGAUCAAAAAAAGUGGGAAAAUUCUGGUUGGCUUAAGGCUAGAUUAUAACAUAGAUAUAAAUCUUAAAUUUAUGAUACAUUUGUAGAAAUGAUUGAUUAAAUAUAAUAAGAGGGAGAACUCAAGAUGAAUGCAAGAACUUAAGCAAUAUAGCUAUAAAAUAAAAAAGGGUUCGAGAAUCUUGAAAGAUAAAUAUAGAAAGUUGUUAAAUCAUAAAAAAAGUUUGAUAUAUUUUUACUUGAAAUUCAAAAAGUCCUAGCAGAAUUUAUUUUUUCGUCUUUAAAUUGA